AUGUCUCGUGAUCAAGCACGCCGUUCACGAGUCGCCCGCGUCACGUCGCGUCCAGCAUUUGGCACCUCUGACCAUCAAGAGUCCUCAAUCGAUGUUUCCUCAGAGAAUCUCAAGGAAAAAUGCGUCAGCAUCCCGCUCUCUCAACACCUACAUGCUCGCGCUGCCCCACGAUAUGUGACGCAUUGCGGCCGUUCGAACGUCAACAAGGACGAGGGAGUCCAGCCAGCGGCGGAGGACGAUGACGAGCACAAGCAAUGGCAGCGACAAAGAAUGGGCAUAGACGACAAGGACAUCCACAACAGAAGCAGGUACGUCGUAUCUCGUGUCAGUCCAUCCCUGCACUCCUCUCUCAUUCUCAUCUUUUCGCCCGCCCCUCCCUCAACUUGCGUUCCCUCUCCCCCUCGGCCAUUCACGCUCCCGCCCUUAACAUCACACACGCCUCCAAUGCUCCGAACCACCUCGACCAUCAAUCCUGCCCUUGAGCCCACGCGCACACAUCCUCUUCGCCUUCCACGUACGGUACAACGCUACCGUCCGCCGCAUCAACACCCGCGUGCUCGUCACCACCAUGACCAAGCGUGCCCGCCGGCGUCCCUCUCGACCCGCUCGUCUGUUCUCCUGCUCAACCCGCUUGACCGGUUUGCUCGUUCUCCCGUUCUCCCGCUCUCCCCGCUCGCCGUCACAUGCCAGACAACGAGUAAUUUAUCGGGCGAACUACCGCGACUUCUUCGCACGUCCGCCAGCUCCCACCAGCUGAUCGCGCUGCACAACGCGAGCGCGCAGAAAGUGUACCACUCGUACCGGGUGCAGUUCCUCAAGGACGUUGUCCUCGCGCGCAUCCUCGACAACCCAACGUCCAACAUGCUCAACUCGUGCAUCAUCCUCAACCAGAUCGACAUCAUCAACCACUUACGAAACGACGUGCGCUUCCCCGGCGAGAUCAUCGACCUCUUUGUCAACGCGGACGGGAGCACGCGUGCGGAUGAUCACAACAAUCGGCUGGGGACUCUGUCGGUCGUCAAGGAGAAGGGCUCGAUGAACGUCGACGCGCGCACGCCGUCGCCCGGGCUGCCUCCCGCCCCGGCGCGCGGUGUCCCUGUAGCAGCGGCAGCUCUGCUCGUUGACCGCGGCGUCGUGCAUGCGAUGGGCGAGCCGGAGGGGCGGCGGAUGAUCGCGGUUGGCGGGGAGGUGCUCACAACGCUGCUGGACCACAACGUGAACGGCAUGCCAGAGCGCGUACUGCUGUAG